CCCCCGAGGAGGGGGCGGGCGCCGAUUGGCGCGGCCGCGGCCACGUGCCCGCGCGUCACCGGGGCCGGGAGGAAAAAGGCUCCUUUUUGGUGUAAAUCUGGACUCUAAUUCCGUAAUAUAUCACGGUACCUCGUAAAACCGACACUAAAACGUCCCGACCUACAAAUCACCCGGCCAAAUUAUGAGUUCAUUGUAUUAUGCCAACGCUUUAUUUUCUAAAUAUCAAGCCGCAAGUUCGGUUUUCCCGUCCGGAGUGUUCCCCGAGCAAACUUCUUGCGCUUUCGCCUCCGGCGGCCAACGCGCGGGCUAUGGGGCCGCAUCCACGCCUCCCUUCGCCGCCUCCAUGCCCGGCCUCUACUCGGGGGGCAGCUCGGUGCACCCGCAGCCCCCCAGCGUGUACGCGCAGGGCUACGGGCUGGAGCCCGGCUCCUUCAACGUGCCCUGCUCGGCGUUCGAGCAGAGCCUGCCCGUGAUGUGCGCGGGGGACGCGGCCAAGGCGGGCUGCGGCAAAGCGGAGCACCGCGAGCCGGAGCUGCCCGGGGACAGCGGCAACUUCCGAAUCUACCCCUGGAUGCGGAGCACAGGGACGGACAGAAAACGCGGCCGCCAGACGUACACGCGGUACCAGACGCUGGAGCUGGAGAAGGAGUUCCACUACAACCGCUACCUGACGCGCAGGAGGCGCAUCGAGAUCGCCCACGCGCUCUGCCUGACCGAGCGCCAGAUCAAAAUCUGGUUCCAGAACCGCAGGAUGAAGUGGAAAAAGGAGAAUAAAAGCGCCGGGCCCGGCUCGGCGGGGCAGGAAAAGGCAGAGGCCGAGGAGGACGAGGAGGAGUGAGGGGGAUGCAGGAAGCGAGGGGAGAACGCGAAAAACGCGAAAACGCGCGUUAAAAAACACACACACACACACAAAAAAAAAGGACUAUAUAUAAAAAUAAAUGAUAACGCACCGAUAACGAAACCCCUAGGAGUGAUGCUUGUGUUCGAUGACACUGAGAUAAAAAUACUACCUAUAUUAGAGCCUCUUUUUUGGGUUAUUUUUUUUCCCCUUUUUGUACAAUAGAAUAUCUACCUAUUCCGUGUGGCUUUAGAGUCGCGUUUUUCCUGU